CGCUUCCGGCAGCCUGGGGCCGCUAGUGGACAAACUAGCCUUCCGAGCGGGUCGCGUUCCUCGUUCUGGGCCUGUCGGUGCCGUGUGGACAUCCAGCCCCGCUCCGACCCCGCUGCAGUGAAAGGCGGCGCCUCCCUGCCUGGGCGGAGGUCGGACCGCCCCGUGCGCCGCGGCCUGGGCUGCGGACGGCCCCGGGAGCCUGUGGUUGGCGCCCGUGCCUGCUGGCGGGAACCGAGGCGCCCUGCGGGACUCGGACAUCUUAGACUUGAUGCCUGUUCUUCGUGCUCCUUUCGUACCUGGCAGUCAGUAAAUGUUUGUUGAACUUGAAGACAUAUGGGCAAUGAAUCUGGAAAGGGAGAACAUCUUUGACUCUACAGUGUUGCUGACUCUGACAUUUUCCUAGGUGAUCUUGAACAGCCUACUUCUAUAUAAAUAAAUAGCUAGACUUCAUAUUUUUCACUGCAGAUGCUUAUAACUUACAAUUGCCAGAGACCUAGAAAUACUACGUGAGGCUAUCAUCUACAUUUAACGUGAAAGCGCUUCCUUUCUUAUUCUAAAAUGCUGAGAUACUGGGGAGAGAUACCAAUCUCAUCAAGCCAGACCAACAGAAGUUCCUUUGACUUGCUCCCACGGGAGUUCCGUCUGGUGGAAGUCCAUGACCCACCCUUGCACCAACCCUCGGCCAGCAAGUCCAAGCCCCCCACUAUGUUGGACAUCCCCUCAGAGCCAUGCAGCCUAACCAUCCAUACCAUUCAACUGAUCCAGCACAACCGACGUUUGCGUAGCCUCAUUGCCACUGCUCAGGCCCAGAAUCAGCAGCAGACAGAAGGUGUAAAGACUGAAGAGAGUGAACCUCUUCCCUCCUGUCCUGGGUCACCUCCUCUUCCUGAUGAUCUCCUGCCUUUCGAUUGCAAGAAUCCCAAUGCACCAUUCCAAAUUCGGCACAGUGACCCAGAGAGUGACUUUUAUCGUGGAAAAGGGGAACCUGUGACUGAACUCAGCUGGCACUCCUGCCGGCAGCUCCUCUACCAGGCAGUGGCCACAGUCCUGGCCCAUGCAGGCUUUGAGUGUGCUAAUGAAAGUGUCCUGGAGACCCUAACUGACGUGACACACGAGUACUGCCUUAAAUUCACCAAGUUGCUGCGCUUUGCUGUGGAUCGGGAGGCCCAGCUGGGGCAGACUCCUUUCCCUGACAUCAUGGAGCAGGUAUUCCAUGAAGUGGGCAUUGGCAGUGUGCUCUCCCUGCAGAAAUUCUGGCAGCACCGCAUCAAGGACUACCACAGCUACAUGCUACAGAUUAGCAAGCAACUCUCAGAAGAGUAUGAACGGAUCGUCAAUCCCGAGAAGGCCACAGAGGACACGAAGCCUGUCAAGAUCAAGGAGGAACCUGUGAGCGACAUCACCUUUCCUGUCAGCGAGGACCUGGAGGCCGACCUUGCUGCUGGGGACCAGUCACUGCCCAUGGGAGUGCUGGGGGCUCAGAGCGAGCGCUUCCCCUCCAACUUGGAGGUCGAGGCCUCACCACAGGCUUCCAGUACAGAGGUAAAUGCUUCUCCUCUUUGGAAUUUGGCCCAUGUGAAAAUGGAGCCUCAAGAGAGUGAAGAGGGCAAUGUCUCUGGGCACGGCGUGCUGGGCAGUGACGUCUUCGAGGAGCCCAUGUCAGGCAUGAGUGAAGCAGGAAUCCCCCAGAGCCCUGAUGACUCAGACAGCAGCUAUGGCUCCCACUCCACAGAUAGCCUCAUAGGCUCCUCCCCUGUGUUCAACCAGCGCUGCAAGAAGCGGAUGAGGAAAAUAUGAAAGGAAAAGGGGAAGUUCUGCCUAGCACCAGAAACCCAACAAAACCUUGGUGUAUUUAAA